UGGCGUAAACAAGACACAGAUUUUCGUGUCUAUCGACGGGUUUCACGAGGAGCCUGUGAAAUUAGGUGGAGAUUUUUGAACUUGACUACCUAAUUCAUCGUCCAGAAGGGGCAGGAUCACCAAGGAUUUCCAGGCAUGUGAGGUUUGCCCUCUUCAAAGCACUGAAGGCACUGGACACAGACAAAUUCAUAGUUCUUGAGGAAGACCUUCUCCUUUCGCCAGACUUUUAUUCAUACAUGCAACAGACGUCUGCCAUCUUGGACACGGACACCACAGUGUACGGUGUCUCCGCUUACGCCCAUUACUCCUACAACCACACAGCCAGGGACGCAACCAGAUUAAAUCGUGUCCAUUCAUUCCCGGCGUAUGGUUGGAUGGUCAAGAGGAAAUUUGUGGAGGAAACGUUGCCCAAGUGGCCGCCUCACUUUGUGGCAGCGGACUGGGACUACUGGAUGGGCACUGGAUUGGUUCGUCGAGGCAGGGAACUCAUAAUUCCUGAAAUUUCGAGAACAGUGCACGCGGGGCUCACGGGAGCUCACGUCAACGGCUUCCUCACCAAGCGAAGAUUCAGCAAUAAACCGAUCACUACGGAUCCCAAUACUAGAGUCAAUAUAACUGGGCUGCGGAAGGAAAUAUACGAACGAGAAAUCCUUGCUCUCGUGAACAAAGCUGAACUAUUGAACAUUACGGACCCAUACGACUACGCCUUUCCUCGCACGCCGGGUAAAGUCUACGCUGUAUUCAUAAAGAUGACCAAGGAAGAAGAUGAUGCAGCUCUGAAGAUUAUUGCCGACGCUCUGUACGUGUGGAAUCAAGACGCCCGAGACCACCAUUUUGGCUUGUGGAGGAUUCCGUACUACGACGCAACGAUCCUCAUAAUAGGAUACCCGUACUCUAAAUACAGGAAGUAUUACAAGAAAGGCUACAAUGUGAUAUGGGCUAAUUCAGCAAGUUUGGAACAUUUAUCAGAUAAUUUUAAUGAUGAUAACUUUUUCUAUAAGAGACACAGCAAAUCUGAUUACAUCAAUAUCAUGAAUUUAUUUGGCACUCCUAAGGCUAAGAAAGUCUUUCGAAAGAUUGGAAAUAAACGGACCCUCACAAAUCAGGAAUUUCUGACUACCUCCUCACAACUUCAAAAUACAUUGAAACUUCACCCAGUAACUGAGAUGCAGAAAAACCUGAAAAAUCAAGAUAAAGAAACGAUUCCCAUCAAGAAUGGAAGUCGGAAUGAAAGUGAAUCAACCAUGAUUCAAGAUUCCAGAACUUCUGCUUCCAUUCAUGUAACAGAGAGAAUCAACUUAGAAUAAAAAAUGAUGAUCUCUGAAGGCUCUUAUAAACAUGAUAAUGAUGAUUCUGAUUUAGGGACUAUGUAUGUAUUGGGUAAAUCUUUGUUCAAUGAAACAGCAAUAAUGAAAGAUGACAAAUUAAAACUACAGAAUUAAUAUGAUACAUUAAAAGAACUUAUUUCUGAAAUGAUAAAAAAUUUAGUUAAUCUUUUUCUUCUGUUGGUUGUAAUGAACAUUACUGGUUUUAGACCUACUCUUAAACCUUUGGAUUUGGCAAUGAUAUAGUCCAUUUAAACAAAUAUUAUGGAUAAUUGGUUUGAGUCAUGACUUUCCACAUGCAAAUUUCAACAUUAUCAUUUUGUUUGAACCUUGGAACACAUAUAGCACAUAUAGUGUGAGAAUUCUUCAGCUAUGUAAUUUUCUUCAAUUAAAAUUAAUAUAGUUA